AUGGUGGCUCUGCACACCCUUCAGCUGCUGCAGCAGGAGUGGGGCUCGGGGGACCGUCCGGACGCCCCCGGGAACCCGCAUGACCUAGACCACGUGCCCACCGCCCCAGCGUGUCGCUCAGGCCCAGGGCUGGCAGGGCCCAGGCGAGGGCGCGAAGAGCUGGUCACAGAGGAGCAGACAGACGCUCCUGGGCCCCCUCCAGCAGGAGCGGUCCUUCCCAUCCUCCUGAAGGACAGUGUUGAGCUUAGAAACAUCUGCAGUCAUUUGGCUCUACAAACUGAAGGACAGCAGUUUGACAGAGAUUUGAAUGCUGCCCAUCAGUGUUUGAAAACAAUAGUCAAGAAGCUGAUUCAGUCACUUGCUAAUCUCCCUUCUGAUGCCCACAUGGUAACCUGUGCUUCCUGGAGACAGAUCUUACAGAAUCUCCCCGACAUAUGA